AUUAUAAGAACAGAAUGUCCAAUUUAGGAAUUCAGGAAAUUUAAUAAUGAUUUGAAUCGUAAGAAAAGUUCUUUGAAUGGUAAACAGAGAAUCGUGAUCGAUAUAUUGAUAUAUUGAAAUAUAUCGAUCACGCAGUAAAAUUGGCGCGCAGUGUCUAUUGUUUCACGAAGUAUGCAUACAUGGCUGCCGUUUCGUUGCUGAAAUUUCGGAAGAAAUUCGUUAAAUUCAUGAGUGAAAAACUGUGUCAGAACUGUGAAAUUCUUCGGGUGAAUGGUAUGAAAAUAAUCGCCAUAGCGAGAUCAACAAUGGGAACGUUCGCGAAGAAGGUGGUUAUGAUUCGAGGACAAAAUUGUUACUGUUGCGAGGUGUCCUGCGUUCUGAGAGGAAGUCCAGCAAAGUGGGUGCGAAGUCAUCGAACUGUGAGUUAUUUAUUACAUAUUCUAAUUGUUUUUAUUGACUAUCUCCGAAAGUACGGUACAACGACUCACAGAUUAAAUCCUGCUUUUAUUAUAAAAUAA